GACGUAAGAAAACCGGUCGAGGAACCGGAUCAACCUACGUGGAGGGCGACCGACUCACCGAGGAAGUUAGGCCUAACCUGGAUCCUACGUCUUCUGGCACUGUCAAGCACUUCUUUGGCUCUGCUUGAGAGCUUCACGACUGUUUGGACCAUGUGAGCAGGAGAAGUGAUGCGCUGCGUGUUUUUCAAGAACUGUGUGUAAGUUCCAAGUCCGAAGAUGCAGGUGACGUGCAACGGCCGAGGGAUGGCAGUAGGGGUGGUGACAGGAGCACUGUGCCUGAUGGUAUUGUGUUCCAAUCUGGUAGAGGGAGGCAGGGUUCGUCACUGCUACACCUGUCGUUCCCGAGGGCCGCUGGGAGACUGCCGUGACCCUUUCCCUUACAACGAAACAACAGCUGAAGACGUCAGAGGCGUCGAGCUGACGCCCUGCGCGUCCGCCUGGUGCGGAAAGCUCGUCGAAGGACGUGAUGAUGAUUUUGACGUAGCCACGGAGCGGAUGUGCCUACAGCGCCCUCCUGAUGAUCAAGAAGAAAGGUGCGCCGAAACCCUGUAUCGGAACCGCCGAGUUUUUAUGUGCUUUUGCCGUGGAGAUUUCUGUAACGGUGCCUUCAGUACACUGACUUCAAAGCCGACUACACUGCUUGGUUCACUUCUGGCAGUGCACUUCGCUAUGCAGGUCAUAAGUAGGUUGUUAUUUCCAGAUUUGUAAUAUAGAAUAAAUUUUAUUUUUUGUUAUGGA